UUUUUUUACUUUGUUGUAGUCCAAAAUGAGGAGAACGACACCAUACUAGAUCUCAAAGCUUCUCUUCACUUUGCUGACCGGGGCAGGCUUUGUUCAGCUGACUGAGUCGUUUAGAGUUCAUCAGUUAAAGCUAAACGACAUGCCCGUUGCCCCAUCAUGCUGGCUCUGUCUUGAGCUUUGAGUAAAAAAUUUCUUUUUUAAUAAAAAAAAAAAAAAAAGAAAAACUACCCAAGACUUGAUCUUCUCUCUCUCGCGCUUUCCACUGUUCAAAAUCAAUACUUUAUUAUUAUUUGUUACAUAUUUUUUUAAUUUUGUUUUCCUGGUUUGCUUGCUUGCUUGCCACUUGAAACAUACUUUGCUCUGUUGUGUUUACUGAGAACGAGGCCGUUUGUUUUUUCAAGAGAGAGAAGAAAGGAACUCUCUUUAUCUCUCUCUCUCUCUCUCUCUCUUUCUUUCUCUCUUUCUCUAUGUCUGCCGCAUUGUCUUGUUCUAUUUAGAAUCUAAUCUUACUUCCACGCAUUAAAGUAUAGUCUCUCUUUCUCUUUCUUUCUAGUCAUCGUUGGCUUCAUAUUUUCCGGUUUUGGGUCUGUUAGGCCAACACUUUAGUUUAUUAUUAACCGAGGCUAUAGCUAAGCUACCUAUAGACACACUCCACAAACCAAACCCAAAUACCCGAACAAGCAAACCCCAUUUCUUAUUUGCUCUUCUUUCAGAGUUUUGGAGCCAAGUUUUUGAGUGUUUGAGUCCUGAUAACAACUAAAAAUAGAAAAAAGGUUGUGCUGAGAAGUGAGACUUGUUCUCAUUCUGAAGAAGUUCUAUCAAAGUGGUGAAGGUGAACCAAGAAUUUGGAGAAGGGUUGAAAUUCUUUGGUAUAUGAAGCUGUAAUAUUUGAUUAUCUGAAGUUUUUUUUGGAGGAUUCUGAGCAAAACCCAAGUUCCCAAAUCUUGCAAAUAAUACUAGGACUUGAGCUGUAUGAGGUAAAAGAGAAACAAUGAGAGAUGGGAGUUCCAAGAAAAGCAAGCUCUCAUGGUCAAAGAAAAUGGUCAGAAAGUGGUUCAACAUCAAGAGCAAGAAUGAGGAGUUUCAGGCUGAUGAUGUUUAUGGAGGAGGUGAUGUUGAAUACAGGACUAGCUUCUCUGAGAGGGAGCCCCGCACAAUCAAAAAGAGCAAGACAGAGAAAUUUACCAAGAGCACUGAGCAGGUCCGGCGAACUAGAAUGAAUCUUGAUCAUCCUCGAAUUUUUGAUGUGCAAAACCAUAGCAUUUUUGUUGCUACUUGGAAUGUGGCUGGAAGAUCUCCACCAAAUAACUUAAAUCUAGAUGAAUGGCUUCAUGCUGCACCUCCUGCUGACAUUUAUGUUCUUGGAUUUCAGGAGAUAGUUCCACUAAAUGCUGGUAAUGUUCUUGGUGCGGAAGACAAUGGUCCUGCUAAGAAAUGGCUUGCUCUUAUCCGGAAAACUCUUAACAAUCUUCCUGGGACCAGUGGGGGGAGUGGCUGCUAUACACCAUCUCCAAUUCCACAGCCUGUUGUAGAGCAAGAUGCAGAUUUUGAGGGAUCAGCAAGGCAGAAAAACUCAUCUUUCUUUCAUCGCCGUUCAUUCCAAACAACUAACAGUUGGAGAAUGGAAAGUGAUUCAUCAAUCCCACAACCACGACUUGAUCGCCGGUUCAGUGUCUGUGAUAGGGUGAUCUUUGGCCACAGGCCGAGCGAUUACAGCCACAGGCCGAGCGAUUACAGCCACAGGCCGAGCGAUUACAGCCACAGGCCGAGCGAUUAUAGCCACAGGCCAAGUGAUUUCAGCCACAGGCCAAGUGAUUAUAGCCACAGGCCAAGUGAUUUCAGCCACAGGCCAAGUGAUUUCAGCCACAGGCCAAGUGAUUACAGUCACAGACCAAGUGAUUACAGUCAUAGGCCAAGUGACUUUGAAUCUAGUUACAGAUGGGGUCAUCGGCCAAGUGACUAUUCCAGGCCAAGUGACUACUCCAGAUGGGGUUCAUCUGAUGAUGACAAUGGAGCUGGUGAUUCACCAAGUACUGUGUUACAUUCCCCAAUGUCCUAUGGCUAUGGUGGAUCUGCAUCUAAUGAUGAUGGAUAUAGAAAAAGAGGGCAUUCAAGAUACUGCUUAGUUGCAAGUAAACAAAUGGUUGGAAUAUUUCUCACAGUUUGGGUGAGGAGUGAAUUAAGGGAUCAUGUUCGAAACAUGAAAGUAUCUUGUGUGGGAAGAGGAUUAAUGGGUUACCUCGGAAACAAGGGAUCUAUUUCAAUCAGCAUGUCACUGCACCAGACAACCUUUUGCUUUGUUUGUAGUCAUUUAACCUCUGGAGAGAAGGAGGGUGAUGAACUAAGAAGAAAUUCUGAUGUCAUGGAGAUCCUUAGAAAGACAAGGUUUCCUCGGGUCCAUAGCUCAGGCGAUGAGAAGUCUCCAGAGACUAUCCUGGAGCAUGAUCGAGUCAUUUGGCUUGGAGAUCUUAACUAUCGAAUUGCGCUCUCUUACCGCUCUGCAAAGGCCUUAGUUGAGAUGCAGAAUUGGAGGGCAUUGUUAGAGAGAGACCAGUUAAGGAUAGAGCAAAGACGCGGCCGUGUUUUUGCAGGAUGGAGUGAAGGGAAGAUUUACUUUCCCCCAACAUACAAGUAUUCUACUAAUUCAGACAGAUAUGCAGGGGAUGAUCAGCAUCCAAAAGAGAAACGGCGGACACCUGCUUGGUGUGAUCGAAUUUUGUGGCAUGGAGAAGGGCUACAUCAGUUAUCAUAUGUCCGUGGAGAAUCUCGGUUUUCAGAUCACAGACCAGUUUAUGGCAUGUUUUGGGCUGAGGUUGUUUCCAGCCAUAACCGAUUGAAGAAAAGCAUGAGCUGCUCUAGUUCCAGGAUUGAGGUGGAGGAGCUGCUUCCAUAUUCACAUGGAUAUACUGAACUUAGCUUUUUCUAAAAGAUGACAACCAGAAUUUUGGCCCACGUUGAAUAUACAUCCAAGCUUGGAAUCACUUUGUUGAAUUAUAUUAUUAUUCAUCUCAAGGGCGAUGGAGACAUUCCGUUGCCCACAAACCGAAAAAGGUGUUAAUUUGGUCUUCUCUAACUAUAAUGUUAUAUUGUACAUUUAAUCAUCCCAGAAAAAAAAAAGAAAAAAAAAAUCCGAUUUCAGUACGGAGAAUAAUUAGGUAACCCAUUUGACAGACACACAGCCUUUCUGAACAGCCUUUCUGACAUAUCUCAAAGUUACUUACAAGUGUUUUUGCUCAUGUCCUACUCAAAUGAUUAGGAUGAAACUAAUCCAAUCAGGAACACUUCAUGCCAAGAGGAGAAGAAGAAGAUUUUGUUUGAUUCACUAUUCAUUAUUUGUUCAUGGAAAUAUAUAUGUGUCUAUCUAUCUAUCUAUAUAUGUCUGUUAUGUGAGACCAAGCCAAGUUGAAAAGUUUGGUCAAAAUAAUCAUUUGUAUACUUGUUCUUUUUCUGUUUUCAAAUGCUAAGGAAAUAUUUGAAGAGAGUACCCAGAUACCAAAAAGUAAUGACAAAAAAAAAAGGAUAUAUUUACAAAGAAGAUGAAGUUCAUGAUAGAAAAAUCUGAACACCCUCUUACUCUCUCUCCUGUUGUUUCAAAUGAUUAAUGUACUGAAAAAUGUUGGUAUUUUUUUCCUUUAUUAUUAUUCAUUUAAACUGUUCCCC